GUGUUUUUUUUUUUUUUUUAAAAAGAAAAAUUGUCUGUUAAUAGAAAAGGGGUUUUGGAAGUUUGGACUACAAAGAAUAGUGGUCGUUGUACCUCUGAACUUGGGCAUCCAUGGAUUCCAUUAAUCCCACGAAGCGCCUUAAGGAAGAAUUUGUGAGCAAUUUGAGUGGAUCGUCCAUUCUUGAAAUCGCUGCGCUCUCCACCUUAGUCCCUGUUCUAUUUCUUCUGCGCCACGCAAUAGCCUCUCCUCGCUUAAUCGAUACUGACGCCGAUUUGAAGAAGAAAAAUGAUGAUGCAACAGUUCAUUCUAAGAUUUUGUGGAAAUACAUGGCUACAUUAGUCCUGGAUAUUCUUUUCAUUGUUCUUCCUAUUAUCUUAUUCUUCACUGUUUUAGCAGAAUGGAUGUACCGAUGGGUGAUUUUGACAACGCUGUUACUGCUUUUUGUUGUUGUGUCUAAAAGGUUGACGUCUUCUCCUUCCGUGGAUGGAGGACCCUUUUCUCUUAGGAUAAAUAUCUCCUCCUACAGGGUUUCUAUGAUGAUUGUAACCUGCUUAACUAUUUUGGCCGUUGACUUCAGAAUAUUUCCUAGAAGAUAUGCCAAGACAGAGACUUAUGGUACUGGCUUGAUGGAUGUUGGAGUUGGCUCAUUUGUACUGGCAAAUUCACUAGUGUCACGGCAAGCACGUAAUAUCUCAUCUAUGAAAUUUAAAACUGCUGUUCUAUCCACUAGUCCACUUCUCACCCUAGGAUUUGUUCGUCUUCUAUCUACUGCAGGAGUUAAUUAUCAGGUUCAUGUGGGUGAAUAUGGCGUGCACUGGAAUUUCUUUUUCACACUUGCUGCCAUAUCAAUACUUACAUCAAUAAUUAAUGUUCCUCCACAAUAUUGUGGAAUUCUUGGUUCACUGAUUUUAGUAGGAUACCAAAGUUGUUUGAUGCAAGGGUUAAAUUUAUACCUCCUAUCUAAUGAAAGGGAGGCUGAUCUAAUCAGCCAAAAUAAGGAAGGACUUUUCAGUAUAUUUGGUUAUUGGGGUAUAUACCUUAUUGGUGUUCGGUUGGGAAACUUUCUUUUCUUUCAGAACCAGGCAUCUGGAGUGAGAAGCAAUAAAUGGGCAAGAAUUGGAGUCUGGAUACUUUCUCUUCUUUUCUGGCUAUUGACUGUGCUUAUAGACAAGCAUGUUGAGAGAGUUUCCCGAAGAAUGUGCAAUCUUGCCUAUGUCACCAUGGUUUUUGCUGUAAACCUGCAGGUGUUAGGAAUACUAAUGCUCUCCGAUUUUAUCCCUGGAAGGAAUACUUCUGUUCUCGAACAAGCUUAUAAUCAAAACUUACUGGCUACCUUUCUUUUGGCAAACGUGCUCACAGGUCUGGUAAAUUUGUCUGUGAAUACCCUUUUCGCAUCAUGGACAACAGCUCUAACUAUCUUGGUCGCCUAUGCAUUUAUUUUAUCUAUUAUUAUUGGACUAUUAGAUUUUUAUGGUAUUCGUUUAAAGUUUUGGUAGGACUAGAGUAACGUAUAUAAAUAUAUGAACUGUCACGACACGAGUUAAGGACAUAAACAGGGCCAAAAUGAGGAGCCAAAUUUUACUUAUCUCAAGACAACAUUUUUAUUGACCUUCAGUGCAGGAUUUGACAUCAGAAUUUUAUUUUUUUG